AUGAGCAAAUCAGAAGCAGGAUCUAAGGAGGCGAAGGUGAAUGCUAAGGAUGUUUUAUGGUAUAUACCCAACCAGAUCGGGUAUUUGCGUGUUGUGACGAUGAUUUUGUCGUUGUUUUUGAUGGCGAAGCACCCAUUAUGGACGAUGUGGGUUUAUGGAGUGUCGUGUUUGUUGGAUGCUCUUGACGGUACGAUGGCUCGUAAGUACGGGCAGACGAGUUCAUUUGGCGCUGUUUUGGAUAUGGUGACGGAUAGAUCCACUACGACUGCGUUGAUCUGUUUCUUGUGCGUUGCAUAUCCUGCAUGGUCCCCUAUCUUCCAGCUUCUUGUUGCGUUGGACAUUUCGAGCCAUUACAUCCACAUGUAUGCGACUUUGAGCACUGGAUCGCAGUCGCACAAGGCGAUCGAGAAGGAGCAAUGGCUCCUCAAUUUGUACUACACGAAGCGUAAAGUACUUUUCUCGAUCUGUGCGUUGAACGAGAUGUUCUACAUGGGCUUGUACAUCAUGGCAUUUCCUCAGUUCAGAUCGUACGCAGUUCCUGUUCUAGGGCAAGUGCACAUCGGUGGUGUCAUUGCCCUUGUAUGUUUGCCCGGCUAUAUCUUCAAGCAGAUCGCCAACGUCGUGCAAUUGAACCGUGCUGCCUUGAUGUUGGCGAACAAAGACGCUGCCGAAGCUACGGAGAGAAGAUUGAAGCAGAAGCACAAUUGA